GGGGUCCGGUGGGUCCGGUGGGUGCCCGUGGGUGCUGGCGGGUGCGGCCCUGCUGUCCCCGCGGCCCGCCGCCCGUCCCCGCGGCCCCCUGUCCCCUGUCCCCCUGUCCCUCCGGCCCCACCCGGGCGCGCUCACACGUGCACGGCCGCGGCGGCGCGGAGAGGAGGGCGGGCGGCGCAGGUGGCACAGGUACGGCCGCGAGCCCACCGCGUCGGGCCCAGCCCGCAGGCCCAGCUGCAGCACCAUGAGGACCAGCCCCGGGUUCUGCCCUCGCCUCUGGGCCGUGGCCCUGCUGAGCACUCUGGCCGGCAGAAGCUCCGCGCAGCCCUCCCAGGACGAGCUCAAGGACAACACCACCGUCUUCACCCGCAUCUUGGACAGACUCCUGGACGGUUAUGACAACCGCCUGAGGCCAGGCCUGGGAGAGCGAGUGACGGAGGUGAAGACAGACAUCUUUGUCACCAGCUUCGGGCCUGUGUCUGACCAUGACAUGGAAUAUACUAUUGACGUCUUCUUCCGUCAAAGUUGGAAGGAUGAGCGACUCAAGUUUAAGGGGCCCAUGACGGUCCUGCGGCUGAACAACCUCAUGGCCAGCAAGAUCUGGACACCUGACACCUUUUUCCACAAUGGGAAGAAGUCGGUGGCCCACAAUAUGACAAUGCCCAACAAGCUGCUGCGUAUCACGGAGGACGGGACCCUGCUUUACACCAUGAGGCUGACAGUGAGAGCAGAGUGCCCCAUGCACCUGGAGGACUUCCCCAUGGAUGCCCAUGCCUGCCCACUCAAGUUUGGGAGCUAUGCUUACACUCGAGCGGAGGUGGUUUAUGAGUGGACCCGGGAGCCCGCACGAUCCGUGGUAGUAGCAGAGGAUGGGUCCCGCCUGAACCAGUAUGAUCUGCUUGGACAGACGGUGGACUCUGGUAUCGUGCAGUCCAGCACAGGCGAGUAUGUGGUGAUGACCACCCACUUUCACCUCAAGAGGAAGAUCGGAUACUUUGUCAUCCAGACCUACCUGCCCUGCAUCAUGACCGUCAUCCUCUCCCAGGUCUCCUUCUGGCUCAACAGGGAGUCUGUGCCAGCCAGGACCGUCUUUGGAGUGACCACGGUGCUCACCAUGACCACGCUGAGCAUCAGCGCCAGGAACUCGCUCCCCAAGGUGGCCUACGCCACGGCCAUGGACUGGUUCAUCGCCGUCUGCUACGCCUUCGUCUUCUCCGCGCUCAUCGAGUUUGCCACCGUCAACUACUUCACCAAGCGGGGCUAUGCGUGGGACGGCAAGAGCGUGGUCCCAGAGAAGCCAAAGAAAGUGAAGGAUCCACUCAUCAAGAAGAACAACACGUACGCUCCCACGGCCACCAGCUACACCCCGAACCUGGCGAGGGGCGACCCUGGCCUGGCCACCAUCGCCAAGAGCGCGACCAUAGAGCCCAAGGAAGUGAAGCCUGAGGCCAAGCCACCCGAGCCCAAGAAGACCUUCAACAGCGUGAGCAAGAUCGACCGGCUGUCGCGCAUAGCCUUCCCGCUGCUCUUCGGCAUCUUCAACCUGGUGUACUGGGCCACCUAUCUCAACCGCGAGCCGCAGCUCAAGGCCCCCACCCCGCACCAGUAGCCGCACGGGGACGGCAGACGCUCCCCAGCACAGCGACCCCAUCCGCUUCAUCGCCUCUGUCGUACAGAACCGGAAGGUUCCCUCACCCAUAAUCCAUCCUGGAUAGCAGAGCAGCUCAGGCAGGCUUCCAGAGGGAGGGCGGGAGCCUGGCGGGCGGGCGGGCAGGAGGGCAGGAGGGCAGGAGGCCAGUGCGAGGGCGUGGACGAGGACGAGGGAAACAGCAGGAAACGCCAGGCCAUUUGUAGAUACAUAUUUCCAAAUAGAGUAAAGAUACUGUAUAUGUCAAACAUAUUUUUAUGUGGAGGUGUUUAAAAGAGAAUAAAUCCUAAAUGUUUCAUGAAAAAGUUAAAAAUCUAUGUCUUCAUUGCACAGACCAUGGUGUGCAGACAGCUUUGUUUUUAAACUGAGGGAGAGCCUUUGCCUCUCCUCUCCAGAGCAGGAGACCCCAUCUCUCUCCUUUCAAACGUGUGUUGCUUUGCGGCUAAGUCUUGUGCUAAAACUCAAGGGAACCGUGCCUGCCGAGGGUCAGUUCCUGGGGGCCGAGCCCCUCCCACAGCGGGAAGGGGGCUCUGAGCAGGCCGCAGCACCCACGCAGAGCCCCCCAAGGGGAGGACACCCCACAGCGCUGGCCUAGGCUAGGAGCGCGUGCGGGGGGAGCCCGCCGCUUGCCCCCACCUGCCGCCUGGCUCCAUCUUCUGAGCCUCACGCUGUUUUUGGAGGGGCAGACAGAGUUGGCGAGCUCUAGAACGGCCGAAUAUAAAACAGCCUAUUCAAAACUUUAGGUGGAAAUGUAAUAUUAGUCAAGAAAAAAUAGAACAUACACACUAAAUAUGUAAAUACACCGCAUGGGGUUGUACAUUUUUUACUUUUUUAAACUCACGCUCUUAACAUGUUGUGUGGGCUCACUGUUCUUAGCUGCGAAGUGCCAAGGGCCUGCGGGUAAGAGCAGUCAGCCCGGGGGUGCCACGCGCCAUCCACCGCGAGGCCGCUGCCCUCUGCCCCGGGCACACGGUGGCCCGGCUAGGGAAGCGGACGGGCCCCAUGGGGCUGGCGGAGCAGCUGUGCCGCUGGCCAUCUCUGCUGACACCCCGGCGUCAGUCAGAGCCGCACCACAUGUAGCAUCACCUAUAGAGACGUGGGGUGUACAGACAGCCUGUAUGCGCUCACUUCUGCUGUAGCAAUAUCGCGCAGGCAUCCUCUGUAAGGGCUUCAGCUUCAGGAGCACCACCGACACGCCCCACCACGCCUAGUCUGUCUCGCUCCUUCCCGGAUGUCCCAGAAGCACCCGCUGUCCUCUCGCGAGGCUCAGGAUCAUCCGAACUCAGUAGCCAGAGCCCACCGCGCCUGGUUAAGCACAUUUACAAGGCGGUGCUGCCCACUUCCUCGCUGGCUCUGACCGCUGUGCCCAGUGUCGGGGGAGAUGCGGGUGAGGCCUCUUAACAAUCUCUGGCUUCCUCCUCCUUGUGCUGGGCUGCGUGACGGGGUCCUGCCUGGUCUGACCAAAGCUGCCAGGGGAGGCCGCGUCCAGCAACUGUCCUCAGGUCCCCGUGUGGACGCCACUGCAGAAAACAGAGUGGACACUGGCUCUGACCUCCAUGUCGCUGUCAACCCUGCUACCUUCUGGCACUGACUUGGUGUGUUUACUGAGAGCAUCCUCUCCCUGCCUCCCUGGCCAAUGCUCUGGGUCCCUAGAUGUGGGUACCCCUCCCACAUCUGCCUUCUGCUCUGCGCCAUGCCCCUUCCCGUCUGUCCGUCCGUGUGGCUAGGACUCCGCUGUAUGCUGAUGCACAAGUCUCACAGCGAUCACAUGUUGCUUUUCUAAGUGCUUUGCUGAACCACCUAAUAAUCUGAGCUAAGUCUUCCAUGAAAACAAUGAUACACUCUUACUUACCGAGGACAGUUCCUGUUUAUUCCCAGGACACUUUUUUAACAGAUGACAUGAACGCUCAUUGUACCCAGCGCAGUGACGUGGCAAUAACACCCGGCAGGAGAGACUGCCGAUGGUGGAUGCAUGUACUGCUUUACAGAGUCUAGCAAGCUCUUUCUUGCUCUGUGUCAUUCUGUAUUUGACUACAAUAAUAAAGCCGAUGUUAUUCGAUUAAA